GGACCAGCUGUGAGGGGAAGUUGGAGGCAGGGGCAGACUGACCAUUUGGAAACUUGGGCACUGCCCGAGGGCCCUGGGUCAGUAGGGGGCCCCAUGAGAUGCCCCUGGUACCUUUUUCAUAGGCUUUUUUUAGUUUGGGCAAGGAUACAGGGGCCCCAUGAUCCCCUAUUGCCCGGGGGCCCCAUGAGUUGUCAGUCCGCCCCUGGUUGAAGGCCAGUAGUCUUUUUUUAGGUGUCACCUUGUCUCCACCAAUCACAGACACCCCCCCCAUCCCCCACCAUGGACAUCCUUAUGGGGUGACAUCC